ACACUAGCCUGAGACCAGACUGCUGGGCCCUCUCUCUGCCAGGAAGGACGGGGCUGUCAGUCCCCAGAUCUAGAGAGCAACCUCACUCCUGGAGGAGGAGGGAAAGGAGGGAAUACGAGUGCCUGAGUUUGGUGGGGGAGGGGCUUUCUGCUGAUCUGAGAGCCUUGAAGCUGCCCGGUGUCCUGGGCCCCGUGACCUCUGGGGCCUUGGCUUCCCCAGCUGGCAGAGGAUUGGGCCUUCCCUGGGGGGCCCCCCUUUUUCCCUCCCACCCCGAGAGCCCAUCCAUCUCUCUCUCUCUCUCUUGCACACACUCUUGCCUCUCUCAGGCAUUUGUUGUGCAGUUCCUCUUUGUCUGCUGGGCACGAGGGCAACUGCAUCUGCCUCCCCUCCCUGUGCACACCCCCACCCCUACCCCUUCACUGGCUUGGGAAGGGAUGCUGUAGCCUAGCAUCCCCCACACCAGACACACAUAUACGUUCCCUCCAGCCCCCUCCCCAAACACAUCCAAGCGUGUGCUCGCUUGCUUGCUCUCUCUCUCUCACACACACAUACAUACACACACUCUCUCUCUCACACACACACACAUACACACACUCAUACACUCACACACAUACACCCUGGGCUGAGCUCUUCUUGCUGGCUGCAGCCGUGGGCCCCUGCUCACCGUGCCACUGCCGCUGCCUGCGAAAUGACGGCGGUUCCCCUCACUUCCAGGAAUCCACGCUUCCUGGAAGGUGAGUGGCUGGGCUCACCCCUGCCUGCCACUGAGACGCAGACAUGCACACACCACCCGCACUCCCUCGCCGUUUCCAAGGCGGCGGCCGCGUUCGCACCCCAGGGUCUCACCGGCAAGGGAAGGAUAAUCUGGAGAGGGAUCCCUCAGGAGGGUGUGUUCCGGAUUUCUUGCCUCAGGCCCAAGACUCCAACCAUUUUAUAAUGGAAUCUUUAUUUUGUGAAAGUAGCGGGGACUCAUCUUUGGAGAAGGAGUUCCUCGGGGCCCCAGUGGGGCCCUCGGUGAGCACCCCCAACAGCCAGCACUCUUCUCCCAGCCGCUCACUCAGUGCCAACUCCAUCAAGGUGGAGAUGUACAGCGAUGAGGAGUCGAGCAGACUGCUGGGGCCAGAUGAGCGGCUCCUGGAAAAGGACGAUAGUGUGAUCGUGGAAGACUCGUUGUCAGAGCCCCUGGGCUACUGUGAUGGGAGUGGGCCAGAGCCACACUCCCCUGGUGGCAUCCGGCUGCCCAAUGGCAAGCUCAAAUGUGAUGUCUGCGGCAUGGUCUGUAUCGGACCCAACGUGCUCAUGGUGCACAAGCGCAGCCACACGGGUGAAAGGCCCUUCCACUGCAACCAGUGUGGUGCCUCCUUCACCCAGAAGGGGAACCUGCUGCGCCACAUCAAGCUGCACUCUGGGGAGAAGCCCUUCAAAUGUCCCUUCUGCAACUACGCCUGCCGCCGGCGUGAUGCACUCACUGGCCACCUCCGCACACACUCGGUCUCCUCUCCCACCGUGGGCAAGCCCUACAAGUGUAACUACUGCGGCCGCAGCUACAAACAGCAGAGUACCCUGGAGGAGCACAAAGAGCGGUGCCACAACUACCUACAGAGUCUCAGCACUGAAGCCCAAGCUCUGGCUGGCCAACCAGGUGAUGAGAUACGUGACCUGGAGAUGGUGCCAGACUCCAUGCUGCACUCGUCCUCUGAGCGGCCAACUUUCAUUGAUCGUCUGGCCAACAGCCUCACCAAACGCAAGCGUUCCACCCCCCAGAAGUUUGUAGGCGAGAAGCAGAUGCGCUUCAGCCUCUCGGACCUCCCCUAUGAUGUGAACUCGGGCGGCUAUGAGAAGGAUGUGGAGUUGGUGGCACACCAUGGCCUGGAGCCUGGCUUUGGAGGUUCUCUGGCCUUUGUGGGGGCAGAGCAUCUGCGUCCCCUCCGCCUUCCACCUACCAAUUGCAUCUCAGAACUCACGCCCGUCAUCAGCUCUGUCUACACCCAGAUGCAGCCCCUCCCCGGUCGACUGGAGCUUCCAGGGUCCAGAGAAGCAGGUGAGGGACCCGAGGACCUGGCUGAUGGAGGUCCCCUCCUCUACCGGGCCCGAGGCCCCCUGACUGACCCUGGGGCAUCCCCCAGCAAUGGCUGCCAAGACUCCACAGAUACAGAAAGCAACCACGAAGAUCGGGUUGGGGGGGUGGUAUCCCUCCCUCAGGGUCCCCCACCCCAGCCUCCUCCCACCAUUGUGGUGGGCCGGCCCAGUCCUGCCUACGCCAAAGAGGACCCCAAGCCACAGGAGGGGUUACUGCGGGGCACCCCUGGCCCCUCUAAGGAAGUGCUUCGGGUGGUGGGCGAGAGCGGUGAGCCUGUGAAGGCCUUCAAGUGUGAGCACUGCCGCAUCCUCUUCCUGGACCAUGUCAUGUUCACUAUCCACAUGGGCUGCCAUGGCUUCAGAGACCCUUUCGAGUGCAACAUCUGUGGCUACCACAGCCAAGACCGGUACGAAUUCUCUUCCCACAUUGUCCGGGGGGAGCACAAGGUAGGCUAGCGACCGACCGCCCUCCCCUCAGCCUGCCACCCCCCUGCCCUACCUACAGGAGUCUAGCCCGUCCCCACCACAUCCCAAGGAGUUGUGCUAUGUAGCCCCCACCACUGGCUACCCGACUUCACACUUGACCCUGACCCCUCCUCACCUAUUCUCUUCCUCUUCCCUGACUGAUUUAAGCAUUGUGAUGAAACAGGUCUUUUGCUUAUGUUUCUCUUUUUUCUCUUCUCCUCUCAUCCUGGCAUACUCACAGAGUUAUUUAUUAAUAUAAUUAGUUGAUUUUUAUUUUGCUUUUUUUUUUUUAACUUAUAUCAGUCACUUGCCACUCCCCCACCCUCCUGCCCACAGUCACCUUCCACUUAAGGCCUAAGUUUUCCCUCUUUGAUCCAGCUUUCUCCCACAGGCCCGGGGGUAGGAAGCUCCUCUUAGUACUAAGAGACCUUGAGCUUCUUGCUUUAAGUCCUCACCUUUCGCAUUACCUGAUUCUUUAGUUUUGAUGCUGAUAGCUCCUUGUGGCCCUCCCCUAGCUCUGUGGCAUUAUGUCUCCUCUCUGGGCCCCUUCAACCUGGUACUCCAUACCUCUUGUGCCCUCUCACUUUAGGCAGCUUGCACUAUUCUUGAACGAAUGAAGAAUUUCCUCAUUUGGAAGUAGGAGGGGCUGAAAAAAUUCUCUCCAGGCCCUGUGGGACUGAGGGUUCUCUUGACAUCCCCCUGGGAAUAUGAGCUCCCCAAAGCCCACAUUCGGGAUCUCCCUCUAGGAUGUGAUACAUCUCUUCCCUCCUCUGACAACCCCCAACUACUGCUCUACUCUCUUCAACCUGCCGGUCUACUCAGUGGUGGUUCUUCUCUCCUUGGAGUGCCCCAAUUUUAUAUUCUCAGGGGCAAAGGCUAGGUCUGCAGUCCUCCGUCUCUGACAUGUUGGGAGCUACAGGUGCCUAAUUGGGAACCAGGGCAUGGGAAGGGGGUGGGUCAGAAUUCUUCUCUUUCUCUUCCACCUCUCAAACUUCUUCACUCUAGUGACCUUCCUAGACUCUCAGGGACUCCUGCCGUCCCUGUCCUAUGAGAAACUAGUGGGUUGCUGCCUGAUGACAGGGGUAUCUCAACCCCUCAGUCAUGCUGCCUUCUUCUUCACCCCCAGCAGGAUUCAGCCGCUCAUUCCUGGGCUCCUGGGCCCUGUCCUUAGGAUCAGUGGCAGGGAAAAAAGGGUGUCUCUUUUCUCUCAUUUUCAGUAUAACCAAAAAUUAUCCCAGGAACAGCAAGGGCAUGUGCCCCUCACGCCAUUCCACUCUUGUCCCAGCAAGAGUGGGAUGGGCACAACUGAAUUGGGGGUCAUCCUUACCUGCCCCCUCCUAGACUCAGCUCCCAGAUGUAGGACAGGAGGGGGCACUCUCCUCCUGGCUACUGCAGAGACCCUUGGCGGCUUGGCUAACCUAGUUAGUGAGAAGGGGGCAGGAGGAGAUACAGCUCCACUGCAAGUGGCGGUCUCUUUCUACAAGAGUUCUCGGCCCAACGCCACAACCAUCCCAUUCUCUGCUUCCUUGAGAUUCAAACCAAAGGCUGUUUUUCUAUAUUUAAAGAAAAAGAAAGUAAAAACCAAACACAACACCUCACAAGUUGUAACACUUGGUCCUUCUCUCUCUCUCUCCUUUUCUCUUCCCUUCCAUCUUUCUUUCCACAUGUCCUUUCCUUAUUGGCUCUUUUGCCUCCUACUUUUCUCACUCCCUAUCAGGGAUAAUUUAGGGGGAUGGUAAAGGGUUGGCUAAGGAACAGACCCGGGGAUUGGGGCCCUUAAGGGCUCUAAGAAGAGUCUACCUUACCCUCAUAUGGGAAGGAGGACCCUAAAAAAACUUCUCUUCUUCCUCCUUUUUCUCCUCCAUUAUGUGGUCUCCCCAAGAGAACCAGAUUGUCAGGGAGGGGCACUGUGGGUUGACUGUUCCUCCUUGACAAUGUAGCAAUAAACAGAUGCUGCCAGGGGCAGAGGAUGGGGGAGUUAGCUGGGAGGAGAGUGGUCUCUAGAGAAGAGGAGAGUCUUCUCAACAGCACCCCAGGGAACUGGCUCCUUGUUUCAGGAUGGCAGCAGAGCUGAGAUUAAUACCUGGGUUCUCCUCAACUGUUCUGGUUAUUGAGCCCCUUCCCAUUAGACCUGCCCCCUACCACCUCUUCUGUGUCUGCUGUGUAUUUGGUGACACCUCAUAAGGACUAGUCCCUUCUGGGGUAUCAGAGCCUUAGGGUGCCCCCGUCCCCUCCCCCAGUCAGUUUCGGCACCUGUAACCUCCUGGAACAUGAAGGACUAUGCUCUGAGGCUGUACUCUGAGCCCAUGAGAGCAGAGACUGGAAGGGCAAGACCAGGUGCUAAGGAGGGGAGAGAAGGGCACUCUAUCUCUCUCCAGACCAUCACUGCACUUUAACCAGGGUCUUAGGUACAAAAUCCUACCUUCCAGAGCCUUCUAGCUCUGGAACCUCAAACAUCCUCAUGCUCUCUCCCAGCUCCUUUUGCAUAAAAAAAAGUAAAGAAAAAGAAAAAAAAAAAACCAACACUGAAACCCACAUGGAGAAAAGAGGUGUUUUCCUUUUAUAUUGAUAUUCAAAAUCAACACCACACAAAAAAUUUCUAAAUAGACACUUUUCCAGACCUUUGUUUUUUUGUGUCAGUGUCCAAGCUGCGGAUGGGAUUUUGUAAUACUUCUGGCAGCUUCUUUCCUUGUGUAUAUAAUAUAUAUAUAUAUUAUAUAUAUUUUUAAUCAGAAGUUAUGAAGAACAAAGAAAAAAAAACAGAGAAGCAAGUGCAAUACCACCUCUCUUCUCUCUCUCUCUCCCAGGGUUUCAUUUGUAACCUAUGCUUGGUGUCUCCUUGGACCUUACCCCUUCACCUCCUCCUCUUCCUCUGGUUCCCCCCGCCCCCUUUUUUUUUAAAGUGUUUUUCUCCUUUCUCAAGGAGAGUUAAACUAGCUUUUGAGACUUAUUGCAAAGCAUUUUGUAUAUGUAAUAUAUUGUAAGUAAAUAUUUGUGUAACGGAGAUAUACUACUGUAAGUUUUGUACUGUACUGGCUGAAGGUCUGUUAUAAAUAAACAUGAGUAAUUUAACACC